GCGGCUCUGCUCUUACUGUGGGAGCGCGGCGGCUGCUCCUGGAAGUUGUGGUGUCGGAAGCCGGGCGGGUGCCGCCGCUGCCGCCGCCCAGGGCGGUGGGGGAGGAAGCGGGAGCAGUGGGGUUGGCGGGGGUCUGGAGGGAGGGGGACGGGGCUGAAGGAACGAGCUGGGGAAGACCGAGCGGGCUCUGCGCCGGGCGGGCGGGUGGCGGCGGCGGGAGGGGCAGCGACCGCAGCCAGGGGGACGCGGGAGGAUGGAGCAAGUGGAGAUCCUGAGGAAAUUCAUCCAGCGGGUCCAGGCCAUGAAGAGUCCGGACCACAAUGGGGAAGACAACUUCGCCCGGGACUUCAUGCGAUUAAGAAGAUUGUCUACCAAAUAUAGAACAGAAAAGAUUUACCCCACGGCCACUGGAGAAAAAGAGGAAAAUGUUAAAAAGAACAGAUACAAGGACAUACUGCCAUUUGAUCACAGCCGAGUUAAGUUGACUUUAAAGACUCCUUCUCAAGAUUCAGACUAUAUCAACGCAAAUUUUAUUAAGGGUGUUUAUGGGCCAAAAGCAUAUGUGGCAACACAAGGACCUCUAGCAAAUACGGUAAUAGACUUUUGGAGGAUGAUAUGGGAGUACAAUGUUGUGAUCAUUGUAAUGGCCUGUCGAGAAUUUGAGAUGGGAAGGAAAAAAUGUGAGCGCUACUGGCCUUUGUAUGGGGAAGACCCUAUAACAUUUGAACCAUUCAAAAUUUCUUGUGAAGCUGAACAAGCAAGAACAGAUUACUUCAUUAGGACGCUCUUACUUGAAUUUCAGAAUGAAUCUCGUAGGUUAUAUCAGUUUCAUUAUGUGAACUGGCCAGAUCAUGACGUUCCUUCAUCAUUUGAUUCUAUUUUGGACAUGAUAAGCUUGAUGAGGAAAUAUCAAGAACAUGAAGAUGUGCCCAUUUGUAUUCAUUGCAGUGCAGGCUGUGGAAGAACAGGUGCCAUUUGUGCCAUAGAUUAUACAUGGAAUUUACUAAAAGCUGGGAAAAUACCAGAAGAGUUUAAUGUAUUUAACUUAAUACAAGAAAUGAGAACACAAAGGCAUUCUGCAGUACAAACCAAGGAGCAAUAUGAGCUUGUUCAUAGGGCUAUUGCCCAACUAUUUGAAAAACAGCUACAAUUAUAUGAAAUUCAUGGAGCCCGGAAAACUGAUGAUGGAAUUAAUGAGAUAAACACUGAAAAUAUGGUCUGCUCCAUAGAUCUUGACAAACAAGAUUCUCCUCCUCCAAAACCACCAAGGACCCGCAGUUGCAUUGUAGAAGGAGAUGCUAAGGAAGAAAUACUUCAACCACCAGAACCUCACCCUGUGCCUCCCAUCUUAACACCUUCUCCACCUUCAGCUUUUCCAACAGUUACUACUGUGUGGCAAGACAAUGACAGAUAUCAUCCAAAGCCAGUGUUACACGUUGUUUCAUCAGAACAACAUCCAGCAGACCUCAAUAAAAACUAUGAUAAAUCAGCAGAACUUCCAGGAAAAAAUGAAUCUGCUGUUGAACAGACCGAUAAAAAAUUAGAACGAAAUAUAAGCUUUGAAAUUAAAAAGGUCCCUCUCCAAGAAGGACCAAAAAGUUUUGAUGGGAACACUCUCUUGAAUAGGGGACAUGCAAUUAAAAUUAAAUCUGCUUCACCAUGUAUAAUUGAUAAAAUCUCUAAGUCACAGGAAUUGAGUUCAGGGGAUGUAAAAGUUGAUGGUAUUUCUCAAAAUUCUUGUGUGGACUGCAGUGCAGCACAGUCAAAUAAAGGUCCAGUAAUUCCACCAGAAGAAUCACAGAAGACUUCAGACACACCUCCAAGGCCAGACCGAUUGCCUCUUGAUGAGAAAGGACAUGUCAUGUGGUCAUUUCAUGGACCUGGAAAUGCCCUACCCAUGCCUGAUUCAUCUGAAGGCAACUCCUCGGAUAGCCACAGUCAAACAAUAAAAACUAUGAGUUUAUCACCAAGCUCUUCAGCACAAGUUGAAACCCAUGAUCUGGACCAUCAUAACAGUUCACCUUUGUUCCUAGUACCCCUUAGUUUUACUAAUCCUCUUCAUUCUGAUGAUUCAGACUCUGAUGAAAGGAACUCUGACGGUGCUGUGACCAAGAAUAAAACUAACAUUUCAACUGCAAGUGCCACAGUUUCUGCUGCCACUAAUACUGAAAGCAUUUCUACUAGGAAAGUAUUGCCAGUGUCUAUUGCUAGACAUGACAUAGCAGGAAUAAUACAUUCAGGUGCUGAAAAAGAUGUUGAUGUUAGUGAAGAUUCACCUCCUCCCCUACCUGAAAGAACUCCUGAAUCAUUUGUAGUAGCAAGUGAACAUAAUACACCUGUAAGAUCUGAAUGGAGUGAACUUCAAAGUCAGGAACAGUCUGAACAAAAAAAAUCUGAAGGCAUGAUAUUAUGUGGAAGUGAAAAAUGUGAUCAUCCAGCAGGGAUUAUGGUGACAGAGAUGUGUACAGAAUGCCCAUCUAUUUGCAGUAACAAGAAAGAGCAAAUAUCAGAAAGUCCAACAGAAGCCACAGAUAUUGGUUUUGGUAAUCGCUGUGGAAAACCCAAAGGACCAAGAGAUCCACCUUCAGAAUGGACAUGAUUCAGGGAGCGAAAGACACUUUAAGUUAUACUGGAAAAUUUAAGUGCCACUGAAAGCCAGGUUUAUAGUAUUCCAUCAUAAAAUGUGGGACUAACCAGCAGUGUAGAUCGUUACCUUUGGGUUUUUUUGUUUUGGUUUGGUUUGGUUUGGUUUUUGGGGGGACUAUCUACCUGCCUUAUACUACACUUAGGAAAAGAAGUAUUACAUAUGGUUUAUUUUGUAACUUCAAGUAUUAUUGCCUUAAUGUCUCUUAACCCUGUUACACGCUGCUUGUAGACAUGUUAAUAUAGUAAUACUUUUAUGAUAAAUUGAGUAAGGACUACUCUUUUGCUAAUGUUUUAUCAUGUAUGCAUUAUUUUGUAUAUGUACAGGGCAAGUAAGUAUAUAAUUUGAUAAAGUUGCAGUUAAGAUAUUAACAGAAGAUGUAAGAAAUUUCUGCAUGGUCUAAAUCUUUGUGUACCUUAUUUGUAAAUUAUUUGCCCUGGAGUUUUAGAAAUAGUUACUGAAUUUUAAAAUUGCUGGAUUCAUGCAGCCAGCAUUACAGGUUAUCAGAGAUCAAAGAUUGUAAUAAUAAUACAUUUUGUAAAUUGUAAGCAAAAAGUUAUUUUUAUAUUAUAUACUGUCUAAUUGUCCACCCUAAUUGUCUUUGUUUUCAUCUAGUCAUGGAGAUUCAGUAAGUGCCUUGGAACAAUAUUGAAUUCUCUUAGCUCGUGUGUGUUACUUUAAUCUUUAAUAUUUGAAUUCAACUGGGAUUAGAUGACUAUCGAAAUAUAUGUAUGUUUCCGGAUAUUUGACCUGCCAUUAAAAAAAAAAAAACAAUUUUAUAAUGUC